AUGUACACACAGACACAUGUACGUACAUACACACAAACACACACACAUGUACAUGCACAGACACACAGACACAUGUACACAUACACACAUGUACAUGUACAUACAUGCAGACACAUGUACAGAUACACACAUGUACAUACACACAGACACACACCCCUCCCCAUAAAAAGUUGCAGUACUUUGUUGUUCACUCACAGAUCCGAGUACUGCACUCUAGGGGGAGGCAGAGAGCACAGCACACACUCCUUCCUUUGCUUUCACUGCACUCAGAUAUUGAGCAGUCUGAUGGCUCCCAGUGCCAAUGACAGAUCCAGCCUGAGCUCCGAGCCUGCUCAGCAAGAUGGCCCUAGGGGUCACACUCGCACCCACCAUAAUUCCCACUAGCCAUUGCCAGCAGGCGAGUGGAAAUUUCAAGCCCUGCUUUA